UCCGUAGCUGCACCGAUUACACCCGGGAUGAUACGUUCGUUUGAACUAUGAGUAGGGGACAAAAUUCAUGUGCUAAAGACGUAAGAGAUUGAGGUUGUGCAAAUUUCAUUUUUGGAAAUUUCGAGAUUAGAAGAAGCAAAGUAGUAAGAGAUGGCAUCCGCAGCCGACGCAAGACUUUCUAUAACCGGAAAACUAGGUCUGAAGCCUAUCAACACGCACAAUCUGAUGUUCUACUACGCCCCAAUACAGGGAGUCGUUAGCUACACAGCCCUGUCCAUAAACGUUAUGAACCCUUCAUUAGUCCUCAGGAUCUUCCCAAAGAGAGACAUCACUAAUAUUCUACUGUUCAACACACUAGUUGGAUCUGGAUUGUACUUGUAUAAUAGGCCCCAUUUGAGUUCAUUGUCUACCAAAGAGAAGCUGUUGUACAGUUCAUUUGGAGCCGUGACGUUUUCGCUGGGCUCGGUCCUGAUUUGGGCGAUAGUACGCAGUCUGGUUCCCCAAAACGUCGCGCUAUGUUCAGUAUGCGGAAUUGGAUCAGGAUUGGCCAUGAUCAAAAUCGCCAAGUCGUACACUGACCAUGUCGACUCGCUAGCACCAAAGAAGUGACGUGUGAAUGCUGCAUUUUUGUUCUUGUUGUUGAUUUUCUCUUUUUUCAUCCAUAUAUUUACCAUUUAAGUUAUUGCUACGAUGCGAUUUUUAAUAUGUCCCUAUGCAAAACGUCGAAUAAUAAAAGUAGAUGUGUUUUAGAAUUGGUUUUUCACUAUGCAUUCUGUCAAUCCUAAGUCAUGGUGUGUCACAUGCCUUAUGUGACAUCAUGGGUCAUGUGACAAAUAUUGCAAAAUAUGCGGCAACGUUUUGAGCAAAAUCUUUAUUAUUGCAUGGAGAGUCAUGGUGGC